AGUUGUAUUUCACGAUUCAUCCCCACAAUCGUCAAAAUAGUAAUCAAUUUAUGACCAUUAACCAGUCAUUUAACAUCAAAUCAGCAACCGUUUUUUAUAAAAUAUUGCAGUAGAUUGUCAUUUGACUCUGGUUGGAUUUAGAAUUUCCAUUGGAUAUGGCUGUAUUUAUGUUGAAUAUCUGCAAGUUUAAUUCAUGUGGAUUAACAUUUAAAAGCCUUGGACAUUUAAUUCAACAUAUCGAGGAAACACAUAUUGAUGAUGAUCCAGAUGUUGAACAAACAGAUCAACAACAACAAUGUAUACCCUUGAGUUAUGCUCUUCGUUUUUUGACAGAUUCAGCAAAACGAGAACUUUUGAAAACAGGUGAUUAUGUACGAACAAUCAAUCAAACAACAGGAUCCUUGACAAAUGAUAAUAAAAUCAUUACACCAGCUGGUAGUGAAGCAGACGAAGGAGAUCUCACUAGUGAACCAGAAGACAGCAACGAUUCAUUUGAGGAAUUGUCAUCAGAUUACAUUCUUCGUCAUGGCACCAGGGUAAUCAGUCAAGGUGUCAGGGUAAUCACCAAAUCGAGUAACAAUGCAGACAAACCAUUUGCUUGUCCAGUGGAAGGAUGUAAUAAACGAUAUAAAAAUGUAAAUGGUAUAAAGUAUCAUAAAAAAAAUGGACAUAAGAAUGAUGGCAAAAUUUACAAAGCAUUCAAGUGUGCAUGUGGAAAGAGUUACAAGACUCCUUACGGACUGAAAAAUCACGCUGCUGCACAGCACAAUAAUUGUGCAUCAAUGCAAUUAAAAUCACCUCAAGUGAAUAAAAAAUCAAAAACUGUUAAUGAAAAUGAAUAUGUUCGUCCACUUAUUGUUAAAAUACCAAAGGUAAAAAUACCAGCAAUUGAAGAUCAUGGAUAUAUAAAAUCUGAUCUGACAAUAUUGACUGAAACUGAUAUUGAAAGUGAUAAUGAACUUGGAAUUCUCACCCCAGCCUCGUCACCAUCACUGCCAAAUAAUAGUCCUAUUAAAAAUGAACAAAAAGUAAUUCCAGCUAAAUUUGAACAGAUGCGAACACUUCAAAAAUAUUUGACAACAAUUCCAUCAAAUUCAAAUACACAACGUCGUAAUGUUGGUAGUAAAAAGUGAGUUCUAGUCAUGACUGCCAAAAAAAAAAAAAAAAACGAUAAUAAAAAAAAAUUAUGGAAAAGUAUUCCUGGAGUUCAAAUGAAUUUGUGAUUUUAGUCAGCCAUAUUAUUAUUGUUAUUAUUAUUAUUAUUAUUAUUGUAGUUAACUAAUUUUUUUUUCAUUUGCCAUGAGUGAAUAGUAAUAAUAACAGU